UAUAGAGGAUGCGCGCGCGGGGCGGAAGUUUGUUCAAAGCGCCGCCGCGUCAGUUCGCGGAGGUUUUUAAAGACAGGUUUCAUUAACUGGGGCUGCAGGAGUUUAUUUAGUUCAGUUCAGUUCAGUUCAGUUCAGUUUAGUUUUGCAAGCAUGGCUCAAACUCGAGUCACUGAAUAUUUUUCACAGUCUAAGAGAGGAGGUGUAGAUCGGACACUGCGAUCGAAAUCCCGAAAGCCGAGCUCUGAGGACCGAGUGGUGCCGGAGCCCAACCUGCCCACAGCAGGGCCGAGGCCGAGGAGCAGCAGCACCGCGCACACAGCGCCCAGGGCCGUGCAGGAGGACCGCGAGCAGCUCAGAUCCGUCCAGGAGGAGUUCCUCAGGGUGAUCGACGAGGCCGUGUCUGCGCCUGAUCAUGCGGAGGGCAGCGCGGAGUCCCGGAGCUCGGGUAAACCCGGGCCGCCCGACAGUCCCCGGACCCCGAAGAGGACUUCCACCCAGGCGGAGUUUGAUCUCUGCUCGGCCGUGUUCUCCUCCGCCACCGAGCAGCACAGCACGGCUAAAAAACGGCUCCGGGUCACAGCCACGAAGGAACCAAACACCGCCAGGAGUGUGGAGGCUGGGGAGAGGAGGACCGCGAGGAAGAAGCUCGUGCUCUUUAAACACGGGGAAACUGAAGCACCGGCCGGUACACCCACCUGUAAAGGUUCAACCGAUGUAGUUGAACACGGGACAAAAGACUCACCUGUGAACAAAGUGAGCACUCUUAAGCAGCCCCACCAGCCGAACAAGAAAACGUUCUCCAGAGAGGACGUGGCUUCGCUGAAGGCUCGUCUGCAGAAGCUAAAAGGACAGGCUGAAGCGGCGAGCUCGCCAACCCCGGCACCCGUGUCUACUCUCGCUGAGCUCAAAGCCCGACUGGACAGCACCAGGGAGCUAGCAGCCAGAGCACAGCAGAGGAAGGAGGGGAGAGUGGUUGAGGAGGAGAGAAUCAGAGAGGAACUGACACAUGACCACAAAGUGGAUGAAGGUGAGAAGCUUCCUGCUUAUCAGCGCUACCACACACUAGCUCAGGACGUUCCCCCUGGCCUCACCCUGCCCUUCAAAUACAAGGUUUUAGCAGAAAUGUUCCGCAGUAUGGACACCAUCGUCGGCAUGCUCUUCAACCGCUUGGAAACCGUCACCUUCGCCAAAGUCAAACAAGGAGUCCAGGACAUGAUGCACAAGCGUUUUGAAGAGUCUCACGUAGGACAGAUUAAGACGGUGUACCCAUCCGCCUACACCUUAAGGCAGGAGAAAAACAUCCCGACCUUCAGCGCUACAGUGAAGAAAUCCACCUACCAACUCACUGUGGAGCCGCUCAUCGAAGAAGAAACAAACGGCGCCCGCCCCGUCCUGUCGGCUACUCGUCUGCUGGAGAGAAGACGCGCGUUUCAUCAGAACCUGCUGGAAAUCGUGAAGGGACACCAUAAGGUGUUCCUAGCUUCGUUGAGCCCUCCUUUAGUGGUCCCUGAUGAUAAACUAACCCGCUGGCAUCCCAAAUUCAACGUGGACGAGGUGCCCAACAUCCUGCCCAGCGACUUGCCUCAGCCUCCACAGACGGAGAAACUCACCACUGCUCAGGAAGUGUUGGACAGAGCUCGCUCCCUCAUGACCCCUAAGAUGGAGAAGGCUUUGGCUAACAUGGCCUUAAAAACAGCAGAGGCAGCUUGUUCAAAAGCGAGCGAGACACCAGUAAAACCAGCUGUGAUGCCCAUCCAGACCUCCAGUGCCCUCAAAGGAGUGUCCCAGUCUCUGCUGGAGAGGAUCCGAGCUAAAGAGGCUCAGAAACUGCAAGCAGCAAUGACGCGGAAUCCCGAACAGGAAGCGCGUCUGGGGAUGAUGUCACGCCUGCCAGAGAUGGCCAGGAUUCUGAGAAAUGUCUUCAUAGCAGAGAAGAAGCCAGCCUUGAUCAUGGAGCUGGCCUGUAAUCGCAUGAUCGCCAGCUAUCGCUCUUCUCUCAGUGCAGGGGAAAUGGAGAAACACAUCCGUUUGCUGGUGGAGUUGGCUCCAGAGUGGCUCACGCUGCAUCCCAUCAGAAAGGAUUUUUACCUCAAGCUGAACAAGAACACUAACAUGAACCUGGUUUUGGAGAAACUGAAUCAGAAGAUGAAGGAAGAGGAGCGACUCUGAGCGUGUGCGUAUGUUGGACUUGUUGGAAUGACGUGCAAUAUUUUUAAUCUUUGGACUGUGACUUUCUCCAGACACUGGUCUGUGACAGGAAUGUUUUACAACAGAAUAUAGAAGUUUGUGUGUUUUUCUUUUUUCUUUGAAAUGGAACAUUGAGUUGACGUUACGGUGGCUGUGCAUUUUAGGCUUGUGAAUGUUUGUAUUAGGGAGGUGCACGUCGAGCUGUUACAUACGUACGUUCGCUGUACAGCAGCAGCAGCAGGUCAGAGAACUAGUCUUGAGCUGCGUUAAUGUCCAAUAAACGAGCUAAAUUGAA